GUUGCUCUCGGUACGGAAACUUGACCUCUGUACUUUGGCUGCUUUUCAAGAACUUCCACCGAGGUACAUGAGAUCUGCUCCUCUCUAAGCCACCGCCAGAAAUAGACGCGAUGCUUUAUUUGGAAGGGAGAUCAGCCUUAAGCCGCCCCGCCACGGAAGACGCACUCGGUGGAAAAUUAGGUACUGCACCAAGCAUGGAGAAUGACCAGCUUCCCACCUCGCCUGGGCAGGACAUCCAGGGGAAGAUCGAGGACAAACCUGUCCCCAGCUCACAGUCCCCAGCUCCAGAGCCCACGGAGCAGCCAAGCACCCAGCCCAAAGCAGACGUCUGUGACAUCUCGGAGGAGCUGAGCCGGCAGCUGGAGGACAUUAUUAAAACCUACGGGUCUGCUGCAAGUCUGAUGGGGAAGGAAAGCACAGAUAGUGGAACCGACAGGGCUGAGAAGGGAGAGCCAGGCAGUGUGGAGGAUGUGGAGGAUGAAGAUGCAAAUGAGGAGAGUGAGAAAGAGAAAUUGGCUCCUGGGGAUGCUUCCAGAGCAAAGGAGCCCAGCGUCAGCAAGGAGCAAAAGCUAGAGAAGAAAAUCCUGAAAGGAUUAGGGAAGGAAGCCACCCUACUGAUGCAGACCUUGAACAAGCUAAAUACACCAGAGGAGAAGCUGGACCUGUUAUUCAAGAAGUAUGCUGAGCUGCUUGAAGAACAUCGCGCUGAGCAGAAAAAGCUGAAGUACCUGCAGAAGAGGCAGGCCCAGAUCACCAAGGAGAAGGACCAGCUGCAGAGUGAGCACAGCCGGGCCAUUCUUGCCCGCAGCAAGCUGGAGAGCCUGUGCCGGGAGCUCCAGAGGCACAACAAAAACCUCAAGGAGGAAACCAUUCAGCGAGCACGGGAGGAAGAUGAGAAGAGGAAGGAAAUAACUAAUCAUUUCCAGAGCACGUUGAGCGAAAUCCAGGCUCAGAUCGAGCAGCAAAGUGAGAGGAAUAUGAAGCUCUGCCAGGAGAACACGGAGCUGGCAGAGAAGCUGAAAAGCAUCAUUGACCAGUACGAGCUGCGCGAAGAGCACCUUGAUAAAAUAUUUAAGCACAGAGAACUUCAACAGAAACUGGUGGAUGCCAAACUGGAGCAGUCUCAGGAAAUGAUGAAGGAAGCUGAGGAGCGACAUCAGAAAGAAAAGGAAUAUCUCCUGAACCAAGCUGCAGAAUGGAAGCUCCAGGCCAAAAUGUUGAAGGAGCAAGAGACUGUCCUGCAGGCACAGAUCACUCUUUAUUCUGAAAGGUUUGAAGAAUUUCAGAAAACAUUGACUAAAAGCAAUGAAGUGUUUGCCACAUUCAAACAGGAGAUGGAGAAGAUGACAAAGAAAAUGAAGAAGCUGGAAAAAGAUACUGCUACAUGGAAAUCCAGGUUUGAGAACUGCAACCGAGCAUUACUGGACAUGAUUGAAGAGAAAGCCGUGAGGUCCAAGGAAUACGAAUGCUUUGUGCUAAAAAUCCAGAGACUAGAGAACCUUUGCCGGGCUCUGCAGGAAGAGAGGAAUGAGUUGUACAAAAAAAUAAAGCAAGCACAGCUCGCUGAUGAGGUGAACAGAAAUGGCAUCCUAGAAGAAGAAGAAGAAGAAGAAGAAGAAGUAGAAGAUGAUGCAAAUACAAGCCCUUCCUCCUCUGAGAAGGCGACCAUUGAGCUGCAUGCUACUGACAAGGGCGUACUGAAGGAUCUGGCUGAAGCUUUCCAGGUAUCCCACAAAGCAGAGAGCUCCCUCCCAAGCAAUAGCACCAACCCAAUGACCUGUGACACUCAAAUGUGUAAUGUCCUGGUGCCAGAGCUCCCCUCUCCUCUCACCCCACAGCAAGAGGCUGGGAAUCACUGUGAGCCACCCAGAACCAGCACAGCAGCGCCCACCGAACCUCUGCCAGCACUCACUGGGAGCACACCAGUGCCCACUGAAAAUGCAAAAAUACCCACUGAGAAUAUGCCAAAGCCCACCAAAAGCAUGGCCACACCCACAGAAAGGGUGCCAACACCCACUGAAAGUGCACCAAAACCUCCUGAGAGUGUGCCGGUACCUACUGGGAAUACGCCAAAAGCCACUGAAAGCAUGCUGGCAACUCCCCAAAACGUGCCAACACCUACACAAAACAUGCCCACUCCCCUUGGGAGUAUGCCAGCACCCACAAAAAGUGCACCAAAAGCUGAAGAAAGUGUGAAUGACCCAGAAGAGCAGUCUGGCCAAGGUCAAUCCACAGAGCAAAUGGGGGACACAGACAUGGAAGCAGUGGAUUGAGGAUGCUGGGGUGUCCAGGCUUGUCUUCUACAAACCUUAGCUCUACUUUGUCCCCCAGAUUGAUAGCAUUUUUUUUUAAGAAACAAAAAGUGGGUGCUAAAAAACACCCAGAUUUGCAUAUCUGUAAGCAAAUACAAUGUGCUUCUGUUUGCUACCACUACCCAGUAAUAAUGAGUCUGCAAAUUUUGCUGUCCUUCAUCUGCUUGAAGCGUAUUUUCUUCAUGACAGGGAAAUACAACAAAAUUACAGGAUCUUUAUUUCCCCCAAGCAUAAAGAGUCAUCUCAUUUAGCAAAAUAAUUUCAAAGUGUUUAUGUUUCAUGUUUUAAAAAUCAGUGCUAUCCACGUGCAUAAUUUUAAAGGGUCAUAAUUAAUUGCAUCUAUUUGUUAUGACAUUGCAUAAAAGAUGCCCAACAUGGACACAUAAUUAUUUUAAUCAAUGAGGUGGAAGGAAUGUAAUCACAAAGUAAAAUACUGAAAUCAUAAAUGUGGUCAGCCAUAUCCACAGAGAGGUGAAAUAACAAAAGGUCAAGUAACCUACCACUCAGCACUAUGUGGGCUGAACACUUACAAGCUCUUAGCCUGAUUGUGAUUUUUAUUUUUCUGCUUAGUGUUCUAGAAAAACUAUUCUUUUCAACAGAACUUCAGGGGAUGGGAGAAGAUCUUUUCUAGAUUCCUUAUAAAUCACUGUAAACAACACCAAUUUCCAAACUGAUGGCAAUUCCCAAGGUAGAGGUCACAACCCUCCUCCAUCCAACAGAAACCUACUGGUUUUUCAUACCAUCUGGGAUCAUGAGCCCAACAGAGAGGCUCAUGACUGUUUCCAGCCCACAAAUGAAAGUACCAGGAUGUAUUUCAGAAGAAAUGAGACCAUGCUUCAGAAUGGUGUCACUGCUCCCAGCCCCAGCCACAAGAACCUUCUCACCACAGCUUCCUCCCACCCCUGCUGCAUGUGCUGAUGCUCCCAGAAGGGCAAGCACACUUGCCUGUUCAUUGGAGUGGAGCACAAGAAAAUGGCUUAGAAGCAAAGAGGAAAGCAGGAAUCCCUCUCACAGACACCUUCAGGGACUGGCUACAUUCUCAUCCCCUUCUUGUCUAACAAGCUCUUCCUACCUGCCUGCCAACAUAGCACUGGUUAAUAACACAGCCACCUUGUCAGAAACUGCUUGACUCUGGCAUCAAGAACAAAGAUGAAGAAGGUACAAGGUGAAAGAGGGUACCAGCCCAGACAUUUCUCAAGGAAGAAGAGUAAGAAGGUUAAAAGAAGGUCUUAAAUAUUCCUGUUUGUACCUUUCUCAUCCCUAUCUCUGAAUUCAGACUGAGACUUUUGGAGUCUAAGCUGGUUAAGAUUUUGAAAAGUGCAAUUAAACAAGUUCUUCAGAGGCUGGAAGGGGAAAUGUUACAAUCAAACACACUCAUGUUAAUAGACAAAGCCAAAGACAUAUCCCAAAUCCCUGAAGCCAAAAUUACCCAUCCAAGCCCAAACUGAAAUACAAGACAACCAAGAAAACAGAUCCCAUCUGUGACAGACAGGGGGAGACUUUGGUAACAGAGUCCUCCUGGCAUAUUGGUCUCCAAAAGAGAGGUUUGACUCUGCUUGCUGCAGAUGUGGUCUGCAUUUGUCUGUGUCUGCUCUGUUUGGUCCUGCCUUUUCAAGAGCUCACACUUGGAGUAUACACAGCAUGAUUUGCAACAUUUUGUUGCUCUGAUUAUGGCCUUAUGAGUAGCUCUUACAGAUACAGUUUUCAAAUGCAAAUGCCUUACAUUAGUUAUGAAAAUCAAAAGCGUUUAAUGUCUUUAAUCACCUGAAAGUAGAUCAUUCAAGUCUUAGUUACCUUAAGCUCCCUUUAUAACCAGUAGAGAAGAAAGGCAUCUUUCAAGGACAAGCAAUCUCAUGGUAAGACUGGCAUCCAAGGCAGAAGAAAUUACUUUUGCUCUGAAGAUGCUAUUUUUCUUCACUGAUUCUAGAGCCAGCAUAGGACAACUAGCUUAAAUUUAAAAUGUCUGUUAUUAGGUAUCAAAAUUAGGCAAAUCAAACAUUCAGAUUCAAAGCUCUAAAUGACUGGCCAUCUCUGAAACUAAGCCACUUGCUUGUCUGUGAAAAUCUUAACAUAUAACUAAUCCUUAUCCUGCAAUAAAAAGUUAUACUCA